AUGGACUCUCUCCCCUUCUUCCUGGCGGCUGUCGCCACCAUCUUUUUUGUUUACUAUCUCCUCCAGUUCCUUCUCCGCCCAGCCAAGCCACUGCCUCCGGGGCCUCGGCCGUGGCCACUGGUGGGCAACCUGCCCCACCUGGGGCCGGUCCCGCACCACAGAAUCGCAGCGAUGGCCAGGACGUACGGGCCGCUCAUGCACCUGAAGCUCGGGUUCGUGGACGUGGUGGUGGCGGCCUCGGCAUCGGUGGCGGCGCAAUUCCUCAAGACUCACGACACCAACUUUCUAAGCCGCCCACCCAACUCGGGAGCGAAGCACAUAGCUUAUAACUAUCAGGACCUCGUGUUCGCUCCCUACGGGCCGAGGUGGCGGAUGUUGAGGAAGAUAAGCUCGGUCCACCUCUUCUCGAGCAAGGCCUUGGACGAUUUCCGGCAUAUCCGCCAGGAGGAGGUGACGACAAUGAUACGUGCACUAGCGAGGGUGGGGCCGGACCCGGUAAAGCUCGGCCAGUUGCUGAACCUGUGUGCGACGAACGCCCUGGGGCGGGUGAUGAUGGGGCGGAGAGUGUUCGGUGAUGGGAGCGGCCAGAGCGACGCAAAGGCGGACGAGUUCAAGUCGAUGGUGGUGGAGGUGAUGGUGCUGGCUGGGGUGUUCAACAUCGGGGACUUUGUGCCGUCCUUGGAGUGGCUGGACGUGCAGGGAGUAGCGGCAAGGAUGAAGAAACUGCACAAGCGGUUCGACGCCUUCCUGACGGCAAUCUUGGAGGAGCACAAGGCAGCUGGCGGGGCAGAGCGGCAUGCCGACAUGCUAAGCACUUUGAUAUCGCUCAAGCAUAGCGCUGACGAGGAGGGAUCGAACCUCACCGAUACCGAAAUUAAAGCGCUACUUUUGAAUAUGUUCACAGCAGGGACGGAUACCACAUCGAGCACUGUCGAAUGGGCGAUAGCGGAAAUGUUACGCCAUCCCGACAUCUUGGCCCGUGUUAGAGACGAGCUCGACUCGGUAGUGGGCAAGGACCGUCUAGUGACCGAGCUCGACCUACCCCAGCUAACCUACCUCCAGGCGGUGAUAAGGGAGAACUUCAGGCUCCACCCGCCCACCCCGCUCUCCCUACCCAGGAUAGCCGCCGAGAGUUGCGAGAUCAACGGGUACAACAUCCCGAAGGGCUCCACUCUCCUCGUGAACGUCUGGGCCAUAGCUCGUGACCCAGAUGAGUGGUCCGACCCACUCGUCUUCCGCCCAGAGAGGUUCCUGCCAGGCGGCGAGAAGGCCGGCGUGGAUGUCAGGGGAAAUGACUUCGAGUUGAUACCGUUUGGGGCCGGGCGAAGGAUUUGCGCUGGGAUGAGCCUGGGCAUCCGCAUGGUCCAACUGCUGACAGCAACCCUGGUCCAUGCUUUCGACUGGGAGCUGGCCAACGGGCUGAUGCCCGAGAAGCUGAACAUGGAUGAGGCUUACGGGCUGACCCUGCAACGGGCUGAACCGCUGUUGGUGCACCCGAAGCCGAGGCUGCCGCGACAUGUUUAUUGAUGCUCGAUCAGCUUAAGAAUGAUAUCCCCUAGGGAGGGAUCUGUGGCAUCUAUCAUGUACCCAUUGAGAUGGACUUGUAGAUGUAAAGAGUAAUUUAAUUAGUACUUACUAUGUCUCUCAUUUCAUCUCAAGAAUGAUACCGAUCGAAGAAAUUCGUAAUGAACGGCAUCGACCUCUAUGUACAAAAGGGAGUGAAAUGCAGCAUUCAAGCAA